CAUUUGGUAAUUGUCACAUUUUGUCCUUUAUUAUUUUUCCACUACUGUAUUUCCACAUGACAGAGACAUAGGAAAUCUAACGUAAGAUUUUUUUGUCAGUUCACUUCGUGUGUCUGCAACCCUCUCUAUCCCCUCGCAUAACAACAUCCGUUACUAACAGCCAAACAUCCUUCCCUUCCCAUUUUCUGCUACUCACCGCCAUGGACCAAGGGGGUGUUGCAACAGUCGUCCGUACCGGUGGCUCAACCAGCGGAUCUGUUGGAGUCCAGUUCCAACACACUCGACGCCUCCCUGAUUUCCUCCAGAGUGUCAAUCUCAAGUACGUUAAAUUGGGCUACCACUACCUCAUCUCCAAUCUUCUAACCCUAUGUUUCAUUCCCUUGAUCGCGGCAGUCUCCGUCCAGGUUUCUCAGAUGAAUCUCGAUGAUUUGCGCCAUCUCUGGCUUCACCUCCAGUAUAAUCUAGUUAGCAUCGUCAUCUGCUCUGCCAUCUUAGUCUUCGGCUUAACCGUCUACAUAAUGACCCGACCGAGACCUGUUUACCUCGUCGAUUACGCCUGUUAUCGUGCUCCGGAUCCCCUGAAAGCCCCCUUUGAUCGGUUCAUGGAGCAUUCCAGGCUAACUGGUGAUUUCGACGAAUCGUCUCUUGAGUUCCAGCGCAAGAUUUUGGAGCGUUCCGGCCUAGGGGACGAGACUUACGUGCCCAAGGCGAUGCACAAUAUUCCCCCAACGCCAUCCAUGGCGGCUGCCAGAGAGGAGGCGGAGGAGGUAAUGUUUGGAGCAUUAGACAUUCUUUUUCACAACACCAACAUAAAUCCUAAGGAUAUUGGUAUUCUUGUUGUGAAUUGUAGUUUGUUUAAUCCAACACCUUCACUGUCUGCUAUGAUUGUGAAUAAGUAUAAGCUUAGGGGGAACAUUAGAAGCUUCAAUUUGGGAGGGAUGGGAUGUAGUGCUGGUGUUAUUGCUGUUGAUCUUGCCAAGGAUUUGUUGCAAGUUCAUAGGAAUACUUAUGGAGUUGUUGUGAGCACUGAGAACAUUACUCAGAACUGGUAUUUUGGAAAUAAGAAGUCUAUGUUGAUACCGAAUUGCUUGUUUCGUGUUGGGGGUUCUGCUGUAUUACUUUCAAAUAAAUCCAAGGAUAGGAGGAAGGCUAAGUAUAAGCUUGUUCAUGUCGUGAGGACUAAUCGUGGGGCAGAUGAUAAGGCGUUUAGUUGUGUCUAUCAGGAGCAGGAUGAUGCAGGGAAGACUGGGGUUUCGCUGUCCAAAGAUUUGAUGGCUAUUGCUGGAGGUGCUCUGAAGACCAAUAUCACUACAUUGGGUCCCCUGGUACUCCCAAUUAGUGAGCAACUCCUGUUCUUUGCAACUUUGCUGGUGAAAAAAUUGUUCAACUCAAAAGUCAAGCCUUAUAUUCCAGAUUUCAAGUUGGCAUUUGAUCAUUUCUGCAUACAUGCUGGUGGGAGGGCUGUGAUUGAUGAGCUGGAGAAGAACCUGCAGCUGCUACCUGUACAUGUGGAAGCUUCUCGGAUGACUCUCCAUCGUUUUGGGAAUACUUCUUCAAGCUCCAUUUGGUAUGAGUUGGCCUAUAUUGAGGCUAAGGGGAGGAUGCGAAGAGGCCACCGUGUCUGGCAGAUUGCAUUCGGGAGUGGCUUCAAAUGCAACAGUGCGGUUUGGCAAGCACUACGGAUUGUGAGGCCAUCUUGUAAUGGUCCCUGGGAAGGUUGCAUUGACAAGUAUCCAGUUAGGUUAAGCACCUAGCUUAGCAGCAAAUUUUGGCUACUCUCAAUUUCAGGGUAUUUCUAGACCAUUGAACCUUGCUUAUCCAUUGCUUGAUCAUUUGAGUGUCAUACUUACGACAUGGACAUCCUGUACCAUAUUUCUCAAAAAUUUUCAGUAGUCUUUUUUAUCCUAUUUAUGACGUUGUAAAACAUGGAGUUUUCCAUUUUUCUCAGAGGAGUUCUCAUUUUUCUUAACCCCUAGUAUCUCGAAGAUUUAUCGAAGUUAUUGGGAUAGUAAAGCUGAUAUGAUGUU